UAAUUUAAUUAGCCAUAAUAGAGAGUAAUUUAUUAACUGACAUAUCUGAGGCGGAAUAAACAAAGGUUGGUGAGUGGUGAUGGUGUUUGUAAAGGCGACAGCUAUAACCGACGCCUGAGGCCUUAAUUUCACUUUCAUUUUAUUAUAACGUCUCUCCGACUCCCACCGAAACGUAACCUUCACAUCACUUUCUCAGUCAAAUAAAAUAUCUUCUUCCUCCCGCCCACUCUCUUUGAAGCGCAACUCUCCAUUAGAAUUGGAAAUAGUAUCUGUUAAACCUCCUCACUCACUUCCGUUCAGAAUUUGUUAAGACAAUCUCCGUGUUUUGUGAGAGAGGUGAAUUGAAUUUGAGAUCUCUAUUAACUCCAAUUCUGUGGAUUUCGUGAACUGAAUUGCAGAGAAUGCAAGAAUUGCAAUCCUCAACACAUGCUUCUCACGACUUCCAAAGUGAACGACAACCGAACAAUCACACAACUGAUGAUGCCGUUACGGAUUCAGGAUCAGCAUCUGCUACAGCUAAUGAUAGCAAGAAAGUUUCACGCCAAGACAUUGAGCUUGUUCAGAAUUUGAUAGAAAGGUGCCUACAAUUAUAUAUGAAUAAAGAUGAAGUUGUGAAAACACUUUUGACCAGAGCAAAGAUAGAUCCUGGAUUUACAACUCUAGUAUGGCAGAAGCUGGAAGAAGAGAAUGCUGAUUUCUUUAGGGCCUAUUAUAUCAGGCUAAAAUUGAAAAAGCAAAUACUUAUGUUCAAUCAUUUGCUUGAGCAUCAAUAUCAUCUGAUGAAGUCUUCUUUACCUGCAAAGGCUCCAUUGGCUCCUAUACAAAAUGGAGUCCAUCCAAUGUCCGUCAACAACCUCCCUAUGGGAUACCCAGUACUACAGCAGCCUCCCCUUCCUGCAGCUGGCCAACCACAUCUUGACUCCAUGGGUGGUUCCAUAUCAGGUCAUGUUGUUAAUGGAGUCCCUGCACCAAGCAACUACCAUCCAAUUAGGACAAAUUCUGUGAAUGGUAUGGUGAUGAACCACAGUACACCUGAUAUGGAUAUGCCUACUGCUAUUGCACCGAAUGGUGCUAGGUCGUCCAUUUCAGAAAUGCCACUGAGCCCGGCAUCAGUAGCAUCCAGUGGCCAUUUCCCCUUCUCUGCAACAGACAUAUCAGGAAUGUGCACAGAUGCAGCUGCUCUUGAUACGGCAUUUACAUCAGAUGUGGCAAGUUCUGUAGGACUGCAACUUGCACCAGAUAAUGUCAAUGGAGUUUCCAGAUCUCUAGAUCAAAUUCAGUGGAAUUUUAGCCUAUCUGAUUUAACAGCAGAUUUGUCGAACUUGGGAGAUCUAGAAGCUCUAGGAAACUAUCCUGGUUCACCAUUUAUGCAGUCUGAUUCAGAUAUUCUGCUUGAAUCUUCGGAUCAAAAGGACAUAGGUAUUGUGGAUGAAUUCUUUGUUACUUCUGAGCCCCAAGGCUCUCAGUCAGAUGAGGAGAGAGCUUAAGAGAAGGCGAGGCCAGUUAGUGUUUCACAUUAAAAUGGUCAGGUUGCAUUCAAUUAGGAUCAAUCAUUUGGAUUCUUUGGGAAAUUGCUAUAUGGAAUAGUUUGGGACUAUGUUUAGGAUUUAGUUGUUGUAUUUAUACAUACAUAUUGGUUGGAUCGUUGUCAAUGUUACGGUUGAUUUGACUCGACAACUGAUGAGAAUGUACUGAACUUAAAUAGUUUCUCUUUGUAGAUAACUUCACUUUGUUGUAGAUGCAGUUACAAUAAAAUAUUAGAGGUUUUUGAAUCA